CAUGGCACUGAGAAGAUGGGCAACAAGCAGACCAUCUUUACAUCUCAGCAACUGGACGCAUAUCAGGACUGCACUUAUUUCACCAGAAAAGAAAUUUUAAGACUGUUUCAUCGGUAUCGUGAUUUAGCUCCACAACUCGUACCGAUGGACUACACCGACCAGCCAGACGUACGGCUGCCGUAUGAGCUGAUUGGCAGCAUGCCUGAGCUGAAGGAUAACCCAUUUCGGAAGAGAAUCGCUGAGGUCUUCUCAGAGGAUGGAGAGGGCAACAUGACAUUAGAUGAUUUCCUGGAUAUGUUUUCUGUUUUAAGUGAAAUGGCUCCACGGGACCUGAAGGCCUACUAUGCUUUUAAAAUUUACGACUUCAACAACGAUGACUUCAUCUGUAAAUCAGAUCUAGAGAAGACUUUAAAUAAACUAACUCGCAAUGAACUGACAGAAGACGAGGUGAGAAUGGUGUGUGAGAAGGUCAUUGAUGAGGCUGAUCUGGAUAAUGAUGGCCGAUUGUCACUGGAGGAUUUCCAGAAUAUGAUCGUCAGAGCGCCAGACUUCCUCAGCACGUUUCAUAUCAGGAUAUGAUGGGUCUUGU